UUUUACCCAUUCAAAACGGCUGUAAUCAACACGCUCAAAACCACACAAAUACGCAAAUUAUCAACACGUCAGCCGGAAGCUUCUUUCACCAUUCCUCCUCUGAUUUCCACUCUCGCGAAGGCACCAGGUUCCUUCACACGCUUCGGCCAAUUAUAUACACAAGCUGUCCACCAUUUGUUUGCCUACGUCUCCCCAACUUCAACCAAAAGCUAAAAAAAAAAAAGAACCUCUCUCCUCCUCUUCAACCUCCUCCUCACUUUCCUAUGGAUUCUCAGAGCCACAACCAAAAGCCAAGCGCGCAUCACGCGCAUAAAGCCUCCCCUAGCGAUCUUCUUUCAAGCGCAAGGGUUGUGGCCGAAGCAGCGAAAUCUACACUUCGCCAUGAGAGCAACAAGGUCGACAAGGGAAGGGUCGCUGAUGCGGCUGCUGACCUGCUCUGCGCUGCCUCUCACUAUGGGAAGCUAGAGGAGAAGAACUAUGGCAAGUACGUGGAGAAAGCCGAGACUUACCUCCACAAGUACAAUGCGACCCAUUCUGCUGCUGAUUCAACCACUGCUUCUUCCCACCCUUCUUCGAUGCAUUCUGGUGGGAGCGCUCAUUCUGAGGGGGGAUUUGGUAAGUACGUGCAGAUGGCUGAAGGAGUCCUCAAGAAGCGCUGACUUUCGUCUGCUUGGUCAUUAAUAGUUUGUGUUUAUUUUCGCUGGCGUUCAUGUGUUGAGCUUCUCAUCUUUGUGAUCCAUUUUGAGCAGAUGUAUGCAUGGCUUAGAAUUGAUACUUACAGAGAAGUGAUGGGCUCUAUGAAAAAAAUUCUUUUUGUUUGUCAUC